AUGGCAGUUGUGACAGUUCUGCUGGCUGUCUUGAUGGUGGCUCUCACCUACGCAUAUUUCAAGCUUUUCUACAGAAAACGAAAGCCGGGAGAGCCUCCGAUCGUGCCGGGACACUUCCUGUGGGGCAAUGGCCAACAGUUUAUGGAACAUGCCGUCCAGUUUCUCAGCAAGUCUCGCCAGAAGUACGGAGACGUCUUCACUAUUCGCUUACUGAACCAGCACUGGACAAUGGUGCUGGACGUUCACAGUUUCGAGUUGUUCGCGAAGGAGAAGAACUUUGAUUUCAAAGAAAUUGAAGAGCAGGUGAACCAGAAUGUCUUCGGGUAUCAGUUGUUUGAAUCUAGAAAAAUGAUCAACGAAGCGGGACAAAAGGUCAACGGCAAAUACUUGUUUGUGACGGUGGAGAAUUUCGCCAAGAAUCUGUCAGAAGCGUUUAAACUGACAUCGAAGCAGACACAGAGCUCUAGUGGGGAGAAAGAUAUCACGGUAUUAAAUCAAAAAAACACUGAAAUGAAGAUCGACGAAUCUGGCAAACAGGAAGUUCAUCACAGCGGAGAAUGUGGCAGUAUUGCAGACAGUGAAUUGUUUAUUGAUUCUGGGUUAAACCAGCAGCCCGGACUACCAACAGGAGGUGUUGGUCCAGCGGCUGGUGUUUGGUGCCAGGACGAGCUUAGGAACUUUACUUCAAAGAUAUUCUUCUCUCCUGUCUUCUACACAAUCUUCGGCCGCGGCGACUCUGGAAAGUCCGGAAGUUUUCAACCUCAAGUUUUCCACAAAAACUUUGAUCUUUUCCACAAAUAUUUCAACUUCUUGUGGAUUGGCCUGCCCAUCAAGUUGUUUCCCAAGGCGAUGGAAGCGGUCGGGGUUCUAGCGCAGCAGCCAUCCAGUGCUGAGAUGGUGAAUCGGGAUGGCUGUUCUGACUACAUCAAACAUUCCACACAGUUUAUGCUGAAGAACAAGCAGUCAGAACGAGACAUCAUUUGCCACAACCUCAUCUUCCUGCACGUCAACUACAACACGUUCAGAGUGGCCUAUUGGUGUCUCUACAAGCUGAUGGAGGACGAUGUUGUCAUGGCGGCUGUCAAGAAAGAAGUGGAGGAUGUUGUGGAAGCGAAAAGAACCGGCGCCAACGAAGCUGAGUAUGAGGCCGAGUUCACGGCAGAUGACAUCAAUAAGCUGCCUAUUAUUGAUUCCUUUUUGAAGGAGACCAUCCGAGUGACUAGCGGCGUGUUCAUGGUUAGGGUAUGCACGGCGGACACCAGGUUUAGCACGGCCGAUGGGCGGACGUUCAACAUCAGGAAAGGGGACAAAGUCGCCAUGUACCCGCCCGUAUUUCACCACGACCCGGAAGUAUUUCAGGACCCCGAGACAUUCAAGUACGACCGCUUUGUUGACGCCGAGUUCUUCAAAAAUGGAAUCAAGGUCAAACACCCAAUGACCGGAUUUGGUUCCUUGUGUUUUGGGCAGAAGCUUUCGAUGCUCCAGCUCAAAUGGUUCAUCAUCAACGUGGUCAACAGCUUCAAGAUGGAGCUACUGAACGGCGAGAGGACACUCCCAAAUAAAACCAUGUAUGGACAUGAAAUCUUACCACCAACCCACGACGUCAGGUGCCGGUUCAUUCCACGUGAACGGGCGUGCACACUCAAGUUUCUCAACAACUACGGCUCUACCGGAAGUAGAGGAGAUGGAACAACUUCCAGCAACGUGUUGUGA